AUGCUUUCACAAGCAAACGAAUCAUCCGUGACUGACAUUUCAUCUAUCCCGUCAACUUCAAAUUCACGAAUAAGGACUUUUGAACCAUCAUUUCAGUUAGCUACCACCAGUGCUAGUACAAAUCGUCCAGAUAUCUCAACGGUGUCCAGUACUGGUAUUGCUGAUCAUGAUGGUGAUAAUUUACAUGAUUCAUUUUUAUCUACUUCAACACACGACAAUCGCAACUCUAUAACUGUACAAGCUAAGGUGCAUAUAGCUAAUUCUCCUGUGCUGUAUAAUCACAGUACAGCAGAAAACUUUUUAUUAACAGACAUGGAGCAAAACCGACUGCUUCAAGCCCAAGAAACUAAUCAGCAAUCAGCUGAUGCUCCGAAUAUACAUAUUUUAUCCAGUCAAGACAUUGUACGCGAUCAGGAGUGUGAUUUAUUAAAUCAAGACAUAGUUAUGGAUCAGGAAUUACCUCCACCAGACGGACAAGCCAUUCAUUCCAAUUCUCCGGAACAGUUUAUUAAUACUCCCAUUGAUGAACAAAUUGAUGUAGACGUAGAUACUUCUUUGCCGUAUAGUAAUUUUCGACGAUUAAAAAGAGCUCAUCAGGAAUUUAAAAUAAAGUUUCUAGACAAUUCUUUUGGAUAUCCAUGUUCAGUAUGUGAUAGGUUGUGGUUUCAAGAUGAUUUGAAAAGUCCGUCUCCUGAACAUAAGGAAAUUCUAACAAAAAUUAUACCCAAUAUACCAGCGAAAAAUACGAAGCUUUGCAACACAUGCGUGCAAGCGUUAAACAAGAGGAAUAUUCCUUCAAUAUCCACAUUCAAAGGUUUUAAAUAUCCAGACGUACCUCAACAUCUACCACCUUUAGAUCUUGUUUCUGAAAGACUAAUUUCACCUCGUAUUCCUUUCAUGCAGAUCAGAAGAUUGAGGCAUGUUAAUGGUCAGUACGGUAUUUUUGGUCAAAUAAUUAAUGUUCCUGUUUCAGUUAAUAAUAUGAUUAAAUCACUUCCACGAAAUGUUGAUGACGAUUAUUGUAUAAAUGUACAUAUCAAACGUAAGAAAAUUCAUCGAUCUAGCUACUUACAAAGUAUUGUUAAUAAGCGUACUAUUAAAAGUUGGCUACGAUUUUUAAUUCCGUCACCAUUGUAUACUAUGUACGAUAUUAAAGUUAAUGAGUCAUUCUUCGAUGAUAAUCAAAUUCACGAUGAAAUUCAGCAAGAUGAUUUCAGUGAACAUAUUCCUAUAGAAGAAAGUUUUACGGCUCAACAGCAGAUAUUAUUGUGGAAUGAAGAACAAUACUUACGUAUUGCACCGGGUGAAAACAAUGUACCUGAAAGUUUAUUAUUUGAUGAACAUGCAGAGGAACUUUCUUUUCCCGCAAUUUACUUGGGUCAGUUCCGUAAUUUUAGGGAAGGUGUUAAAGUAACCCCUUUCAUGAUAGCUUCUAGUGAACUAAGACGAUCUGAUCGUCGUGCAGUUACACCGUAUCAUUUAUUAUAUAUGGCGAUGAAGAUUAUGAGAAUGCAAGUUCGUGAUUCCCUCACAGUUGCGUUCAAACACGUUGGUAAAGAUACCAAAAUUACUCGGAAACAAAUAGAAGAUGAUCAGUACAUUCAUAAUUGUAUUGAAACCAAUCUUGCGUUUCUAAGAGCAAUUCCAAAUUCAACAUGGUAUUGGAUGGAUCGCAAAAAAGAUCUUUUUGCUAUGAUCAGACAGUUUGGAAAACCGACUAUAUUUCUUACUGUCAGUGCCAAUGAAAUUGGAUGGAACGAUCUGCUCCAAAUGCUCUACAAAUUCAAACACAACGGUGAAACUAUUUCAGAAGAAAUGGCCGAGCUUCUCCAUUAUCUUGAAAAAACAACUCUUGUCAAUGACGAUGCAGUUACUUGUGCUAUAUAUUUUAACAAAUUGGUCAAUGUAUUAAUGAAUCUUUUACAAUCACCAAAAUUCAGUCCGUUUGGGAAAUAUUAUGUUGUUCAUUAUUUUAAACGUAUUGAGUUCCAGCAUCGUGGUAGUCCACAUGCACAUAUAUUAUUGUGGUUAGCUAAUGCUCCCAUGGAUGCACUUGAUAAAAAUAGGUUGGAUUCUAUCGCAUUAAUUGAUUACUUGAUAUCUGUUUCAUCUCGAGAAGCUUCAGGUAACAUUAAAUUACAAAGACAUAAACAUACAUUCACAUGCUUUAAAAAAAUAGUGGCAAAUCAACCUCAGCAUUGCAGAUUUGAAGCACCUUUUAUGCCUUGCCGAUCUACUACAAUUUUAUUACCUAUGCAAAAAGAGGAGCCUGGUUUUAAGAAUUAUGCUAAACGUUACAAAGAUAUCCGGAUUAAUUUGGAAAAUAAUGAUUAUCAUGAUAUUGAUUCUUUUUAUCAGAGUAACAAAAUUAAUUCAGAUGAUGAUUAUCACAAUAUACUGCGAGCUGGAAUUAAGAGGCCCCGAGUUUUUGUCAAGCGUCAACCAUGUGAAAAAUGGCAUAAUCCGUUUAACCCCUUUAUAUUUAAUAUUGUUAAAUCCAAUAUGGAUAUCCAGUUCAUUACCGAAGAAUAUUCAUGUGCUAGUUAUGUCGCAGAAUAUGUCAAUAAAACUAACAGAGGCAUUAGUCAUCUUCAGCGAUUAAUUAUUGAAACUAUGAAUGAACAUCCAGAGUUUGAUGUCGUUGAAAUUACAAGGAAAAUAGCUGUAAAUAUGCUCAAUAGUGUUGAGAUAACAAGCCAAGAGGCGGCUUGGUAUCUCUUGCGAGAACCGAUGUCAAAGUGUUCUACUGUUGUCACCUCUAUUCCCACUAUGUGGCCAUGUGAUCGUCAACGUAUAAGAAAAACACAAAAAGAAUUAGACGCGAUAGGCGUAGGAGAAGAUUCAACUAAUAUUUGGAAAGAAAAUUGGUUUGACAAAUAUGAACGCCGACACGAAGAUUUGGAAAAUAUUACUCUUGCCCAGUUUGUUGCUAAUUACACCAUUAAAGCAGAUGGUACUUACAAAAAAAGAAAAGCGCCACGUGUUAUCCGAUACCGAAACUUUGAUAUGGGACAAGAUCUUAAUGAAUAUAAACGUGAAAUGGUUACGUUACAUAUUCCUUUCCGAAAUGAAGAUGCGGAAAUACUCGCAGAAAUGAAGUUUAUUAAAGUAAUUGAAAUUGCUCGAAAUUUAUGCCGUGAAGAUGGUUUCAAUGAUGAAACUGAAGUACAAGAUGUUGCUAACAUCGCAUCUGAACCAAAUCCGUUUCAAAAUUUAUAUAACAAUCCUCUUUCCGAUAUGAAUAGUGAUCUUCGUCUAGCUGUACUUAAUAAACUUGGACCUAUCGCUAAAAAACGAGAAAAUUUAAUGCCAAAUUCAGAGUUUUACGAAUUGAUGAGAAUGGCAAAUGAUAAGCAAAGAGAGCUCUUGCUACAUGUCAUUUCAAAUCUAUUAACUCCAAACCGUAGUCCAUUUCAAAUAUUUUUUACGGGUCCAGCUGGAUGUGGUAAGACUUUCGUCAUAAAACUUAUCAUGGAAAUUUAUAAUCGAUAUAAUGAUAAUGAUGGAUGCUGUAACUCGUACAUCGCCUGUGCUUCAACAGGCAAAGCUGCUGUUGCCAUUGACGGAACUACCGUACAUACUGCCCUAAAAAUAUCUUUGUUGAAAUUACUUCCACUAAGCACUGAAGUAGCACAUCAAUAUAGAGCACUAUUCAAAUACGUCAAAGUGUUAAUCAUUGAUGAAAUAAGUAUGAUUGGUGCUGAAUUACUUCUUCAGAUUGACUCUAGAUUGAAACAGAUUACUGGAGAUUUCAAAACUAAUUUUGGUGGUUUAGAUGUUAUUUUGAUUGGAGAUCUACGCCAGUUACCACCAGUACGAGCUACUCCAAUUUACAAACAGCAGAAGCAGAAAAUUGUUGGACCUAUUUUAUGGCGUGGAUUCAAAUUUUAUGAGUUAGAUCAAGUUAUGCGGCAGGCAAAACAAGAGUUUUUUUCAAUAUUGACAAAAAUUGGGAAUGGUCAACUACUCAACGAUCGCGAAUUAAUUUUAUUGGAAUCGCGAUUUGUAACAACUCCAGAGGCCGAAGUAGAAUGUCCACAUGGAAUCAGAUUAUUUGAUACAAACGAGGCUGUCACAAGAUAUAAUAACCGAAUUUUAAGUGCUGCUCAGAAUAAAACUACUUCAAUUGCUAAAGACGUAUUUGUUGGUUGUACUUUUGCAGAACAAAUAGCUUUUGUACGUCAAAAAUUAUAUAAAAUGGCGCUCAUUGAUACUGGAGGGUUGCCUUAUGAAACCGUAUUUGUGCCGAAUGUUUUUUAUAUGAUUACAACAAACAUCGAUGUGUCAGAUGGCUUAGCAAAUGGAGCUGUUGGAAAAUUAGUUCAUCUUGAAUUUAAUGAUGAAGGAGAUGUGAAUGUUGUAUGGCUUGAUUUCCCAGACUCGCAAAAAAUUGGUCAAAAAAUAAAGAAAAAAGUCGCUGGACAUGUAGCUUCUCAUCAAAUCAGUACAACUGCUGUACCGAUAGGAAGAAGAUCUGCAACUAUUCCACUUAAUAACAACAAAACGAUAAAUGUUAAACGAUCGCAUCUACCUUUAGUUUGCGCUUGCGCAACUACGAUUCAUAAAUCUCAGGGAAGUACAUACCCUGAAAUUGUUUAUGAAUAUGAUAAAACACAUCAACUGUCAUUAGUGUAUGUUGCAUUAACGCGGGUGACUAGUCUUCAAGGUUUGUACAUUACAACAAAAGACAAUGAUAAAACUUUCUAUCAUGGCCGAAGAGCAUCCACAGCUAUAAAUAGUCUUCAAGAAGAAUUCCGUAGACUCUCGCUUAAUCGUUUACAAACUACCACCAAUGAUCUGUUAGAUUUUAUUAAUCAAAGGAGAGGGUUGGCAAUAUAUACUUUUAACUGUCAAAGUCUCCGUGCUCAUUCCAUUGAUCUCAUUGAUCCAAUUAUGCAAAAAUCGAAUGUUUUACUUUUAAAUGAAACCUGGUUAGCCAAUGAAGAGUCGAUUAGUAUACCAAAUUUCAAUUGCAUAAUACAAUAUAAGCGAUCAAAUGUUCGAGCUGGAGGAGUUGCGAUUUAUCAGAAUAUGCACGACACUACCAAUAUCAUUACUCCAAACAUUGAUAUGACUGUAAGACAAGCGGAAUUGGCAAGCUCAACAGUGACAUCAGUUGGUGAGUUUUGUGCAGCUGAAUGCAAAAUGGAAGAUGGCAACAAAAUUGUAUUGAUGGCAAUUUACAUUACUCCAAAUCAAAAAAUGGACGACAUCAUUCAUUUCCUGAAAAUAAUAUUAUGGCCAUAUACAACAGCUGGAGGAGAAUAUCUUGGUAGAGGAGAAGACAAGUUACCGAUAAUUUUAAGUGGAGACUUCAAUGUCAAUUUUUCCCGUGAAGAUGCUCGUCCAUUUUUUGAUUUCCUCCAAAAUGACUUGAAUUUAGCCAUGAAUAAUAAUCCUCUGAUUUCGACAACACGACAUGGCAUUACCAUAGAUGCUGUAUUUGUACGAUAUCUCAACGCUGUUAAUACAAAACUUUUCGUAUCAUAUUUUAAUUAUCAUAAGCUACUGAUAACUGAAGUUCCGAUUCAGACAUUACCGGAAGAUACUAUGGAAGUGGACAUCAUUUAA